AAAGAUCACUCGUUCCUGUUGCUGUCGUUCACACAGUUCCUUCUGUCCGGAUUUGACUGAUGGAGCUUUAAACCAAUAAAAAUUUACUAUGGAACACAUGCCAAAUCACAGGCGAGUUUGCGUUGACAUUUGGACCAAUCAUGUUAUUGUUGACGAUUCACUCCGCCAAUCCCAACGAGAGGGCGGGCUUUUGGCUGAGGAGCGCGAACAGUUAAGCAGUGAGAAAAUGGCGACCGCAGGAAAGCUCAGCAUCGAUGACACUCUGUCAAAAGUUUAAAACUUCUUAGGUUUCUCACUAAGGUUUUGCGUAUUCGUUUCUUUCCGUUUGUGACGAGGUGUUUCAGGUAAUCACAUGAGCUGCAUGUCUUUGGCAAAGAAGUUUAGUGUUUCUGAUGUCCGUAAUAUCCGUGACUGACGCUAGCGGCUAAUGCUAGCUUAGUGUCACUGAGCUAACUGUCCGAUGUUUUAAUCAGGUUCCAAUUUUUUAUAGAUUAUCGAUGAGUUCGGGAGAGGCCUGCUGCUGCUGUUGACGGCAUGGCUUUACACAACCUGGUGUUUGUCCUGAAUGUGGAUUAUAGAGAGGAAUUAGGAGAACAGCUGGCUGUCAGGAAUCACCUCCUGAAACGGGGAAUACUGCAGAUCCUGCUGCACCUGGGGUACAGGUAUGGCUUUGAUAAGGUCCGCUGGGGUUAUAAGUUCUUCCAGUCUACAUCCAGUCGUAAUGGCAGGCUCAUAUCCAGAGGCUCAGACUUUAGAGAGCUCUGUCACAGGUCGUUUGAGGACUUUGAAAUGGACUUUGACUCAAGAUUUGACAUAAAGGAUAAAGUGUUUCCUGGCCAGCAGAAGCAGCCGGCAAAUCCAUCUGUCUCAGUGCAAAACGCUCUGAAAGAAGCCCUACUGGACUUUGAGUGGGACCGACCAGACAUCACAUCUCCCACAAAACUGUCCAUGAGGCCCAGGAGGCCCAGUCAGGUUGUGAAGUCCAGCAUAUCCAAGGAGGGUGAGGGAUCAGGCAACUGGAGAAAUCUGCUGUUUGUGGUCUCAGAGUGUCCCCAAUCCUGGACUCAGAUGGAGGAUUACCUCUCUAUGAGUACCAGCAGGACCACCACAGAUGUGCCAGAGCUCAUUAUAUCCAGAGGCCUUCAGGACAUGCUGGUCCAGAGGCAGGUAGUCCUGCACUGGAUGGAUGCCGCAUUGCAUGACCAGGUCCCAAAGUCUUUGGACCACCUUGGUGCUGAUAAAAUGUCUGAGACUCUGGGUCUGUUGGGGGGCAAAUUGAUCCCUGUGGUGGCUCUGCUGAACCUUUGCUGCACUCAGAAACCAAGUCUAGGAAGCAAGAUGGACACCUUCAGAUUCAGGUCCAGCAUCAGUUUCCUGCUGUCCUCUGAACAGCUGUACCGCCGGACUUUUCCUGUCAGUAGUGGAAUCAUACGGUGGGGACAAGGUGAUGCAGUUCAGACCUGGUCAGUGUCAGUAGAGCCGCUGUGCAGCGGACAGAGGCUCCUCCCUCCGCAGGUGGAGGUGUGUUUGAGAGGAGUUCUGCAGGCCUGGGACCCCUCCUCACUGACUGGGACCUCCACUGAGUCCUGGAUCCUGCAGACCUCCUCCUGCAGCAGAGACCAAGGAUCAGGUUUCCAGACUCUCCUGAUGGAACUGUCGGCUCAUAAUCUGCACAUGUUUGCAGAGCUGGAUGAUGGUAAUCUGUUGUGUUCGGCCGUCCUCUCUCAUCUGUCACCCUGCACAGCGUUGCUCACAGUUCUACAGCCUGGACUCAGUCAGCACUGUCAGGUUUUAACCAGUAAACAGAUCAGUGCUUCAGCUGAAGUGUCUGCUGACCUGCCAGAUGUUGUGAGCAGCAUGUUAGGAGUAGUAUGUGACAUGAAGGAGGACGACAGAGACGCUGACCAAGUGAAGGACAACCCUGUUCCUGAAUGGGCUCAGCGGGAGGUUGGAUAUCGGUCCAUGACAGCAGGUCUGUUGGAUAAUUGGUUUCCACAGUCAGAUCAGUCAGGAGUCAGUUCACAUUUAAUUGAGUCCAUGAGGUUACUCCAGGCAGUUCCAGAGCAGAAAGAUGAGGAGGAGUCAUCUGUUCUUCAACAGGAGCUCAUCAGGGACCUUUCUGAACUCUAUCAGAGCUCCAAGAGCAUGGUGGACAAGACCAACAAGAAAAGUGGCGCCCAGCGCACCCCGGUCAAGCAGAAGAUGAAGACCAUGAGUCGGUCUCUACAGAUGCUGAAUGUGGCUCGGCUGAAUGUUAAAGCUCAGAAGAAUCAAUGUGAGGGAGAACCGGUAGGUCCUGAACGCAGAGGGUCAGGUCGACUGGGAAAGAGGAGGUCCAGUGACAGGAACAGACACGUCAAAGCCAGCAUCCGUUUCAGCAGUGAGUCGGACCUGCUGUCCUAUCUGAAGUCUGUUUAUGAGAAGAUUGUAUCAGAUAUUAACUCAUCACUAGUGUCUGGAGUCCAACAGGUUCUGUCUGCUCUGAAAAUGUUCCUGUCAUCUGAAUCAGAUGUCGAGGUGAAGAUGUCCCAGUUUGUCCAGAAUCACCUCCUGAAGACCAGUAAAUCUAUCAGGCAGAUGUACAGCUCAGCUGCUGGUGUCGACAGCAAACUUAGAGAGUGUCAGCUUCAGGCCUUGCUGAGGUUAGAUGUGUGUAAACUGGUCUCUUCAGUGAAGGGGGACUCACUCGACAUUGACCAGAUGAUAGAUGAGGUGGCUGACAUGCUGAGGAUUAUUUCUCUGACCAGAGACCCAGUUUUUCUCACCAGAUUCCUCCAGGAUGACAUCCUUCCACGGUUCCUGACCGUUAUCCCCAGAAUUCUAGCAGAUGUGUACCACAGCCUGGGCACUCAGCUUCCAGAGGCCUUAGUGGCCGUUCUGCCCUCUGACUUCUUCAGUGAUGAGUCUGUUUGUAAGGACAGUGUCUCGCCUUCAGCCAUGUCUCCUCCACUGUCUCUGGUUUCUAAUGGCAAAGAUCGACUGGCUGACCUGAGUUCUGCCACCAACAGGAGAAGUGGGAUGAUGACACGCCAUCGAAGUAUGACUGAAUCCUCACAGAGUCUCAGACAGAUUGAGAUUCCUAAGAAGUCCACAAAAGCUGUGAGAAAAUCAGAGGCUAAACCAAAGGUGUCUGUCACUCUGGAAAAACCACCGGGAGAACCUCUGAAACAAGUCACACAAGAGGUGACCAAGGUGAGAAGAAACCUGUUCAACCAAGAGACAGUUUCUCCUUCAAAGAGAAGUAAAAUGCAGAGGAGUCGAUCAGUGUCUGCCGUGGAAGGACUGAAACGCAAGAGGUCUCAUGAUUCUGAAGAGAGACACAAGCUCCUGACAAAGAAAGUGUGUGAGACUCCUGUUCAUAAGCAGGUGUCAAACCGCCUCCUGUACCGUCAGAGGAUGGGCAGGAGGUCUAACCCGGCUGAGGACUGCAUCGUAGAGGAGUCACCUGUGAAACCUGCAGAAGACGUCAGACGGAGCCCAAGGUUAAAGAAGUUUGCUCGGAGACACUCGUUCUACUCCAGUUCUCAGCCUAGUUCUCGUAACCUGGACAGAGCUCUGUCUGCGUCUCAGCUGGUUUUCUCAGACGUUAAUGUGAAGACAGUUCGGUCUCCGAUGCGUCUUCUGUUUGGAGCUGCUCAGUCUCCUGCUCCAUCUUCACGCUCUUCAGACUCUGUGACAAUCAGAAGCAGCAGGAAGCGGCUGUCCACCGACGGCAGCGUGUUUGAGAGUCCAGAUAAAACGCCAACAAAGUCCCCUGGAAAAUCUGGACGAGUCGUUCAUAGAAACACAAGCCCCAGGACUCCUCAGACCCCCAGGACUGCUCCUCAUUCCAGGCCUCGAGUCUCGUCUGUUUCUGAGAGUCCAGGACUCGGCAGGACUCUGAGAAAAGGUGCAUUCAGAUCUCCAGACAAAAACAUUUUGGUGGUGGAGACCCCAACCAAAAACAGUCCUUUGAUGAGUCCACUGAAGGGGAUCCUGAGGACUCCGGUGAAGGUUCUGAUAGGGUCUGGCUUCAACAGUCCGGCUUCCAGAACCCCCAAAAAGAGUGUCACAUGGUCUCCAUCUCCACAGAAACACAAAGACUCUAAGACCGGAGCCAUGUUCAAGGUCCCAGAGUCGCCUCGAGUUUCUCAGAGGUUGAUGAAAACCCCAGACAAGUUCAGCACUAGGCCAGAGAUUUCUACAACCCCAGAGAGGAGAUCUGAACCUGGACCUGGACUUUCCUGUCAUGUGAGCCUCGUACGGGUUUUUGAAGAUCCAGACUAUAGUGCUCUGACAUCUAAUUCCUCUGUAAGACUUAACAGCAGGAUUAGAAGUGACUCUGUUAGUCUUCAGUCCACACAAAACCAAGACCGCAUCUUCUCAACUCAACCCAGAGCCAAGAGUCCUGAUCCUCAAUGUCAACGCAGAACCAAUACUCUCAGUCCUCAACGUCAACGCAGAACCAGUACUCCCAGUCCUCAACGUCAACGCAGAACCAAUACUCCCAGUCCUCAACGUCAACGCAGAACCAGUACUCCCAGUCCUCAGCGUCAGCGCAGAACCAGUACUCCCAGUCCUCAGCGUCAGCGCAGAACCAGUACUCCCAGUCCUCAACGUCAACACAGAUCCAAUACUCCCAGUCCUCAAUGUCAACGCAGAACCCGUGCUCCAAGUUCUCAACCUCAACGCAGAACCAGUACUCCCAGUCCCACACACUGCAUGUCCACUCACCCUAGACAAACACCAGGUAGAAGUUUGGAUGCCUCUUCUCCAUCUAAACCAGGAGAGGCUGUGGUCACAGGAGAUUCGCCGACAUCUCCAGAAAAGAUGGAACUCAGACAUCGACCCAGAACCAGCAGGCACAGCCCAAGGUCUCAGUCCAGUGACAAACUGAAACCUCAGUCUGAUUCUGCUGUAGUGGAGAAGAAUCUGAAGUCUGAUCCAGAUCCAGAAGAUCUAGAGACUGAACGGUCCCGGGCUUCGGAUGCGGACUCCAGCUCCCAGACAGACUCUCAGAACCAGAACUUUACGUCCACAGAUGACGACAGCCUGGAUAUUGUGGACGCUAUGGUCGUAAAGACUCAAUUCAACAAAGGGCUCAAGAUGAACAUCAGCUUCUCUCGGAAGCAGUCAAAGUCCGAUGAGGACUUCCUUUCAGACCUGGUCUCUCCUAAACCACGAGGGACACCUGGGCGGAGCUAUGGGUUCAGACAGACUCCUGACCGGCAGCAGAGGGUGGCUGCAGCACGACUGGGAGAGAACCCACCGUGGUUUUCCACCCCUCAAGGUCCAGCUCGACGAAGGAAGUCCCCAGCGCCCCCAACUCCUUUGACAUACCAGGUGGAGAUGGAGAUGCAGACUUCAGGACUUCCCAAACUCAAAUUCAAACGCACAAACUCGGUGAAUUGUGGAGACUCGGGAGCUCAGAGCCCUGUAGUUGGACUGAAACCCUCUAAACCUGUGGAUCCUGGAUGUGGUUCUCCAUCCGUUUGUGCUCAUGUGACUCCAGCUAAGGGUGGCAGUGUCCAAACAUACAUCUGUCAGUCAUACACACCGACGCGCCUUCCCGCCGGAACGCCGUCUCCAGUGGCCGUGGCAGAGACCAUCCCGUUGACCCCGUCUCCCCAGAGCAGCGGUAAAGUGACACCCGAGAACCUGAACAGCUGGCCUCGAAAGAAGAGGGCCCGGGUGGCAGGGGGCAGACACAGAGACAGAGUCCUGAAGGAGGAGGGGCUACUGGAGGAGCUGCAGGAGGAGGCGGAGCUCGGAGUCAGCAGGUUACAAGAUGUUGACGACGCAGAAGAUGCUCCUCUGGAAAAUCUGUUCUGGGGAGAGAAACGAGCAGAGCAGGCUGACCCAGAUCUACUGAACUUAGAGGACCAUGUGAUCUGGAGCACGGGGAGUGCAAACACCAAGUCAGCAGCGACCCCCCCCAGUUCAAAGAAGAGGAAGCCGGUCACAGCCAGUGGGAUCCUGGCUCUCACUCAGUCUCCUCUGCUGUUCAAAGGCAAAUCGGGGUCCGCCUCUAAAAGACCGACUGCUGCUAAAGAUGAAGCUGCUUCAGAGGCCGACGGGGACCUGUCUCCAUUCAGUAAACCUGUCCGACGCUCCAGCGGGGUCAAGAACUACAGCAGGAAGAGGCUGCUCCCCUGAAACACCCUCAUUCUGGUCUGGGCCUGGGCCUGGGCCUGGUCUGGUCUGGUCUGGGCCUGGGUCCAGGUCCAGGUCUGGUCUGGGCCUUGUCUCAGUCUGGUCUGGUCUGGCCCGGCCCGACCCUGCCCUCUGCUGAUGUAAACCCUCUGUCAUACCCAUGGUCCGGUCUGGGUCUGGCCUGGUCUCAGUCUGGUCUGGUCUGGGCCUGGUCCUGGUCCUGGUCUGGCUGGUCCGGUCCGGUCCAGCCCGGCCCUCUGCUGAUGUGAACCCUCUGUCAUACCCCUGGUCCGGUCUGGGUCUGGUCUGGUCUGGUCCGGUCUGGGUCUCCGGUUCCUCAGAGUCUCUUUGAAGCUGCCUUCUCUGUCUGUUUGAUCCGUCUGUUUGAUCCGUGGUCGACCCCCAGUGCCUUUGGUGUCACAGUUGGACUGGUUUCCCAGGAUGCUUCACUCUCCUCAUUGUUCCUCAGUCUCCGCCCUCAGUUUCCUGCUUCAGUCUGAAGUCUAACCCUUCUCUCUGAGUCCAUCAGGUCUGAGCUGAACCCUGUUCAGUCUAAAUCCACCUGUAUUUAUUAGCUUGUUUUUGUCCUGUAGUUGGUUUUAAUAAUAAUGGUGCUGUUGUAAAUAUGUUCCAUGUUUGUGUAAAUAAAUGGGUUUUUCUUCAU